AUGGCUUCGAAACGAGCAGCAGUGCCCGCGAAGCACCUCUUCAAUGGUUUCCGCGCCUACGAAAACCCCACGCGACAAUACCUUACGCGCUCCAUGGCCACCGAGGCGCCUCUCCCGAACGCGACUCUCUCCAAGGCUUAUAACGACGCAACCCUCACUUCAGCAGAGACACAACCGAUUCUGGAAGACAAAGUCUCCGUCCCAUUUCCAACACCAUCAAAUAAACCCAUCACGCAACAAGCCGGAGCUAGCCAACCUCCACCAAACCCGUUCCUCCAAACAGUUCAAUGCACUCUCUACGACUUUCCCUCGCUCGAGCCCGUCUCCUUCGCCCGCUACCCCUCAACGCACCUGCUGCUACCCCUCCGAAAAGAUCUUCUCCACCGCGCCGUAAUCUAUGAAGCCGACGCCGCCCGAUCCGGCACAGCAACCACGAAAUGGCGCGCCGAUAUCCACGGCUCGGGAAAGAAAGUCCGACCGCAGAAGGGCACGGGCAGCGCGCGUCUCGGUGACAAGAAGUCCCCCAUGCUGCGCGGAGGAGGUGUGGCGCAUGGACCCAAAGCGAGGGAUAUGAGCACUGAACUGCCGAAGAAAGUGUACGAUCUGGCUUGGAGGACGGCGCUGAGUUAUCGGUGGAAGAUGGGACAGUUGCUGGUUACGGAUAGUGAGGUGGAUAUUCCUGGGGUACAUGAGAAUUCUUGGGAGAGGUAUAUGAGGGAUGUGCUGGCGUGGAAUAAGUUGGGGAGGAGUGGAGGUCGGACGCUUUUUGUUGCUGAUGAUUGGAGGGAGGGGUUGUUCAGUGCGCUGGAAGGUGAAGGGAUGGAGAAACAGGCCAGGGCGAGGACGGUGGAUACCAUGAGUGUUAAGGAUCUGUUGUUGGAUGGGAGGCUAGUCGUGGAGAGAAAGGCAUUGGAGACGAUGCUUGUGGGACAUGAGACGGAUUUGAGCCCGCAGCAGAAAUUGGGCGCGUGGGAGAGGAUGGUAUCUUCUGAAGUGUCACAAGGCAGCGCUGAAGCACGAUCAUAA